AUGAUUUUGUUCCCCUUUUAUCUCUCCCUCAUCCUCAGAGUUCAUAUCACCAACGGACAGUCGCUUGAUCGUUACUCUCCUGCCGACGACAUAACCAUCGACUGUGGCUCUUCAGAAAAAAACACAUCGACAGAUAGCCCGCGAAACUGGGUUGGAGAUAUCAACUCUAAGUUUUUUCCCUUAAAUGGUGAAAAUAACGCAUCGAUUGCCUCACCGGCGAUUGUUGCUAAUCAAAUGCUCACGGAAUCAGUCGAUCCUGUCCCUUACGGAACUGCGAGGCUCUCCCUCUCUGAAUUCACGUAUGUCAUACCCGUGCAUACCGCCGGGCCAAAGUUCAUACGUUUGUACUUCUACUCAGCUAUAUACAAAAACUUUGAUAGCUCCAAGGCCAUCUUCUCUGUCAAAACCGAUGAAUACACCCUCCUAACCGACUUCAGCGUCGAUCUUGCUGCUGAAGCUCUCGGAAGAAAAUCCAUGAUGAAGGAAUUCUGUGUGACCGUCUCCAAGUCAAGUGAUCUGAACAUAAAGUUCUCUCCUAGUUCUUCAAUUCCGCGUGCUAUUGCGUUCGUCAAUGGUAUUGAAAUCGUGUCCAUGCCCGCUGAACUAUAUAAUUGGGAUCCUGAAGGACGCCCUGGUGGAAUUAGUUUUGUGGGACAAAACUCUUUUUACAUGUUCAGCAACAACACCGCUCUUGAGAUGAUGUAUAGAGUUAACAUUGGUGGACGCCCUAUCUCUCCAGACGAUGAUACUGGUUUCUUUCGAAGUUGGCAAGGCGCAUAUAGAUCAGGAGAUGAAUACCUGGCGAUACCACGUACAAGUGUAGUUGUUUCUUCCCUUUCUUCUAACCUCAGCUUCUCAAGAAUUCCAUAUUAUAUAGCACCGGUAGAUGUCUAUCAGACUGCACGCACUAUGGGGCCUGAUAGAGACGUGAACAUAAAAUACAAACUCACCUGGGAAUUCCCUGUAGAUUCGGGAUUUUUUUACAUGGUAAGGUUGCACUUUUGUGAGAUUACUGUCGAGAUAAACUCAACCGGUGAUCGAACUUUUGUUAUUUUCAUAACAAAUCAAACCGCGGAGGGACAAGCAGAUGUGAUCGGCUGGACUGGAGGUAAAUAUAUUCCAUAUUUUAAAGACUACAUCGUUGCAAUGUUGAGAGUAGGAGGAGGUGCAAAGAAAGUAAACCUUUCUGUCGCACUACAAGCAAACCCAUCUGGUUGGAUGUCCGUAUAUCCAGAUGCAAUUUUGAAUGGGGUAGAAAUCUUCAAAUUGAACAACUCCAAUGGCAACCUUGCCGAUCCAAUUCAGCAUGUCCCAUCCCCUAAACAGCGAAAGCAAAUCAUAACAAUCGUUUCAGCCAUAGUUUGCAGCGUGGUUUUCCUCUUUGUCCUCGGUUUCCUUACAAUUCUCCUACGCAGGAGAGGUUUCAAGAAUACAAGUUCUAGUGAUGGAACAACUUGGUGUGGCCCUAUUCCGUUUGGUACGACCAGGUCAAGUAAGACUCCAGGCUCCUCAUCUUUACCGUCCGAUCCAUGUCGUUACUUUUCAUUGGCUGAAAUCAAAGCUGCAACGAAAAACUUCAAUGAUAAUUACAUCAUUGGGGUCGGAGGGUUUGGCAACGUGUAUAAAGGGCAUAUUGAUGGUGGGGCCACCACUGUUGCGAUCAAACGGCUGAAACCAGAGUCAUCACAGGGGAUCCAGGAGUUCAAGACUGAGAUCGAGAUGCUUUCCCAUCUUCGCCACCUCAAUCUCGUCUCACUAAUCGGCUAUUGUGAUGAGAAGAACGAGAUGAUCCUUGUGUAUGAGUACAUGGCACGUGGGACGCUCUCCGAUCAUCUCUACAACACCGAAAAUCCACCUCUCUCAUGGAGGCUACGGCUCCAGAUUUGCACUGGAGCCGCUAAUGGAUUGCACUACCUUCAUGCAGGCAUAAAUCAAACAAUCAUUCAUCGUGAUGUAAAGACCACAAAUAUUUUAUUGGAUGAGAAAUGGGUGGCCAAGGUUUCAGAUUUUGGUUUGUCAAAAGUGAGGCCCUCUAACACAUCAAAGACUUACGUGAGCACAAUGGUCAAAGGCAGUAUCGGCUAUUUGGACCCAGAAUACUACAGACUGCUACGGUUAACGGAGAAGUCGGAUGUGUAUUCAUUCGGUGUUGUGUUGUGUGAAAUACUAUGUGGUAGGCCACCGGUGAUGCCGACGGUGGAGAGCAUGAAAAUGAGCCUAGCCGAGUGGGCCAGAAGUUGCUAUCAUGACGGGACACUUGACCAGAUUGUAGAUCCAUAUCUGAUAGGUAAGAUUGCACCCGAGUGUCUAAAGAAGUUCGGUGAGAUCGCGGUGAGUUGCAUUCUUGAUAACGGAGUGGAACGGCCAUCGAUGAAGGAAGUAUUAUGGGGACUAGAAACUGCAAUGCAGCUGCAGCAGAACUUUGGGGAAAAUAUCAGGAAUGGUACGCUCCAAGUUGAAAUGAUCGGCGAUGGUGCGACGUCUAGACAUGAAUAUUGCAGCUGGGGAGACACAUCUGGGGCUGUGUUCUCUGAGAUCAAUGACCUACAAGCCAGGUGAUACGAGAUUACUGCAAAUUAAUUACUAU